UCAUUUAAAACUUUUUUUGAAUACAAAUUCUUAAUUUUUCGGAAUUCAACGCUUAUUACUGGGAACCUAUACGUGUUUCUGUAAAGGAUCCUUCCAAAGGUGCCUUUGAUAGUUUUCUAUGAGGGAUCCUAUACACGUUACUCUACGGGAACCUGCGGCUAAUUUGAGAUGAUGAAUAUGAGUCUGACAGUUCCUUACCUGGAAUUUUACAACGGAAAUAAAAUGCCAACUUUUGGUCUUGGAACUUACUCGUCGAAGUCAAACGAAGUCGAAGAAGCCGUAAAAUAUGCUAUCGAUAUUGGUUAUCGUUACAUUGAUACCUCCUAUUUUUUAAAUAAUGAAAAAGAAGUAGGCAAAGCAAUUCGAGGGAAAAUUGAAGAUGGCACAAUCAGAAGAGAAGAUAUUUUUGUAGCAACGAAACUGUGGAAUACUUUCCAUAAAGAAGAACAAGUUAUUCCAGCUUGCAUAGAGUCAUUAAAGAAUCUUGGUUUGCAAUAUGUGGACCUAUAUCUUAUUCAUUUUCCAAUCGCGUUUAAGAAAGGAAAAGAAUUGUUUCCAGUAAAUACAGAAGGAGAAAUACAAACUUCUGAUGUUGAUUAUCUAGAUACAUGGAAAGGCAUGGAAGAGUGUUUUCGAAAAGGUCUUGUGCGUGAUAUUGGAAUCAGUAAUUUUAAUUCUGAACAAAUUACAAGAUUAUUGGCAUCGGCGACGAUAAAACCAGUCAAUAACCAGGUAGAACUCAAUAUCAACAUAAACCAGAAACGAUUGAUCGAAUUCUGUAAAAAUAAUGGUAUAACUGUUACUAGUUAUUCACCUUUAGGAAGACCUGGCUAUAAUAGUGAAAUUCCUAAUUUUCUGGAGAAUCGAAAGGCACAAUUAGGCGUUGCUUUAAUUCCCAGAUCACUGAAUGGUUCUCGAAUCAAAGAAAACUUUGUGAUUUUUGAUUUUCAAUUAAAGGAGGACGAAAUGAAAAUUCUUGAAUCUAUCAAAACUGGGAAGCGAAUAAUUUCAUUUGAAGAACUUAAAGACCACAAAUAUUAUCCAUUCGGGAUUCCAUUCUAAUUAUACGGCAUGCUGCGGAGAAAAUGUUUUUGGAAAUAUGAAACCUAU